AUGAUUCACCUUGCUUCACCUUUAGUCACUUCUCCUCCAGCGACGUCAGGCCUUCCUCAUUACAAAUCGACCAACGAUAAGCUAAUACUUAUAACUGAAUGGUUUCACUCUCAAUUGGGUGUGCGACUCCUCCAUCGCACUGAUGACUACGAAUGUGACUCUUCCACUACACCUGUGAUUGCGUCCCGUCUCACCUCCCUGACCGCUACCUUAAUAGGUUUAUCUAUUCAAUUAGAUUUUUCUUUUCAGUUAGAAAUCGAUUUCGUCCCUCCCCAGCUCUUCAUCUCUUCACUAAAAUCUCUCUUCAUCUAUCCACUAAAAUCUUCACGCAGAGCGAUCUUGAAACUUUUGAUUAAUACUUCUCAAGUCGUCUCCAAGGGCUUCUGUUUGAAUCAUUUCAUUGAACGACAGGUGAAUCAGACCAUCUUCUCAAUUUAUUUGACAUUGAAGAACAGUGCGUUGAAUUUCUUUGUCGUGUCCAAUUUAUCUCGACCAGAUCUCAAGCAGGAGCUUCUUGCAUUAGGUGAGCAGAUUGGGAAUGCUGGAUCAGGGUUAUCAGAGGAUUUUAUUUCAGUUUCUGCACAAUUUGUCAGGUGGUUUGCUUUUCAACAUGAUGAUACGUGUAGCCGCAGAAAAUCAACAAGCAUGUGGGAAUAA